UUCUUGACAUUGAUCACCACCACCACCACCACCACCUCACCAACACGCCUGACUUGCCCAGUAUGGCAAGGGGAAAGAGCAGCGGUAGCGGCGGUAGCGGUAGCGGCGGCGGCGGCGACAAUCAUUCGCCUCGCAACGCUCAAAUGGAAAGCAUCCGCUCGCACACGCGCCUGCCCACCUCUCUUCAACAAUCAGCUCCACUGCAAGGCGUUCGCCCACCCAAAUCCCUCUCCCUCUCCUCCAUCCCAGACAAGAAGCUUCGAUCCAACCUAAGUCGCGACGCCCUUUCCACUCUACGCGCACGUUCCCAUGCGACUCAAGCGGACACGUACCUCUACCAAGGUCCCGUAGGCGAAGAGGCCGGGCAGCUAGAAGCGGAGGGGGAGAUGGAGCGAACUGCCCGUCUUACCCAGGGGGAAAUCAAAGAUGCCGUUGGUCUCGAAGCGGCUAGUAAGUCCUUCUCCCUCGACCUUUCAGGCGGGAGAGGCGGGGUGGGAUUGGGACCUUAUCGCUCUGCCUACUCUCCGAAUGGACGUCAACUCCUCCUCGCGGGAAGGGCGGGGCAUUUAGCUUCGUUCGAUUGGCAGGCGGGGAAGCUCAAUUGUGAGAUUCAGGUCAAGGAGACGGUCCGGGACGCUACUUGGUUGCACAACUCCUCUUUCUUCGCUGCGGCGCAGAAGAAGCAUGUGUUCAUCUACGAUUCAGCAGGGGCGGAGGUACAUCGUCUUAAGGAGCAUGUGGAUGUCCAUCGAUUGGAGUUCCUACGUUACCACUUUUUGCUGUGUAGCGUUGGAGGUGGGGGAUGGUUGAAGUAUCACGAUACGAGCACGGGACAGAUGGUGGCGCAACAUCGUACCAAGUUGGGGGCGUGCGAUACCCUAGCGCAGAACCCGCUCACUGCGGUGCUUCACCUCGGACAUGGGAAUGGGACUGUCACUCUUUGGACGCCCAACUUGCCGCAGCCUGCGUUGAGCUUGUUGGCCCAUCGCGGGCCUGUGAGCGGGGUGAGCGUCUCCCCGCGCGAUGGGGGCAGGGAGAUGGCUACGAGCGGCAUGGAGGGUGGGAUCAAGGUGUGGGACUGCAGACUGCUGGGACGCGGCCCAGUGAGGGAAUGGGUGUCUCGCAAGCCGGCAAACGAGGUUCAAUACUCCCAACGUGGUCUACUCGCUACAGCUUGGGGAACACACGUAAGCAUAUACGACACAAAGGCCCCCCUCUCCUCACGCGCUCCACCUGGACCCUACAUGACGAACAAUUUCCCUCAAUCUUCCCCCGUCAGCCUGGCCUUCUGUCCAUUCGAGGACGUCCUUGGCGUAGGGCAUUCCCGCGGAUUUGACUCCCUGCUUGUCCCAGGGGCGGGUGAGCCUCGAUUCGAUUCGAUGGAGCUUGAUCCCUUUGAGGGCAGGACGGCGAGGAGGGAGCGCGAGGUGCGCGGCUUGCUGGACAAGAUUCGGCCGGAUAUGAUAAGUGUGGACCCUUCGUUCUUGGGGCAGGUGAGGGAGGAUGCAACGAAGGGGGGAGCACCGCGAGAGGAGGCUGGACCCUCGGGACUGGCGAGGGCGCAGGAUGGUACCCCCUAUGCUAGGUUGGGCAGGCUGGAGCGCCUCCGUCUAGAGGGCAAGGCAGCCAAUGACGGCAGUGAUAGCGAUGAGGAGGACAAUCACGACGAGGACUCGAACGCCGCCAACGUCGCCAUCCCCUCAUCUGGCCCGCCUCCCCCGCAAAAGGAGCGCAAGAAGGCCCGCGGGAAGAACACAUCUAUGAAGCGCUACCUUCGCAAGAAGCGAGGAAAUGUCGUCGAUCAGGCGAGCAUGCAGGUACAGGCUAAACUGCAAAGAGCGCGCGAGGAGCACGAGGAGCGCAGGGAGAGGAAGGAGAGGAUGGCGCGCGGUGAGGGGGAGGAGCAGCGCGAGCCGAGUGCGUUGGAUGUUUUUGCAGUGCAGAAGAAGGGGAGGAGAAGGAGGUGAGGUGUGGAAGUGGGCCAGACUGUGGCGACGUUGAUCGAUUGUGAGCGCAUGCGUGUACAAUAGCAUUCUAAUCAGAUUGGCCUGGCGUCGAGCCUUGCCUCGCCUUCUUGGCUCGUC